GACACCCGCCUCGCCUCACCACCUCUACACAUCGCCCAUCAUGGCUGCUUCGUGGCGUCAGUUCUUCUCCUACAACAAGUUCACCUCCAUCGCCGCCCGCGCCACGCGCCAGGCUCUCAAGGAGGAGGAGCGUGUCAAGGCCGAGCGCCGGGGCGAGCUCAGCCUGCGCUACCAGGAGUGGAAGGACGGCAAGGCCGGCGACCACGUGAGUAGCGCGCAGGGACCUGGCAGGCAGAGGAAGGGCUUGGGAGCAGCGUGCAGGAAGAGGCACAGUGUGGCCUCGCAUGGCGAAGGCGGACAAAGAGGCGAAUCCUCGUGCGAAAGGCGUGCGAGAUGCUGCUCGGCGUCGUCUGCGAGUGGUGAGCGUCGAAAGGCGGACGGGAAGGAGGGCGAUAUGGCGAGGAUGCGACGCUCUCGUGCGGGUCGGUGGGCUGCCCGUUGUCCGAGCUUCCAGGCCAGCAUGGCGUAUGCCCUGAGCUCAAAGGGGCUUCUGUCUCGGCCGGCAAGCACUUGAGUCGGCCAGGCCAGAGAGACUGGACGGCCGAGCGGAGCUCUUAGCCGAAGGUGCUGAGAUGCGGCGGCGGCGGCGGUGAGCGUGGAGCUCAGGGGCAAUCCGCGCUCUAGCGGUAAGAGCUUGUCCGCUCGCGGACCUCAGCGAUGCCGAUAAGCGGCGGCGAGGGCAGGGAAGACGCUGCCGCACCGCGCACGAGGGUUGUCUGUCUCCUCGAUUGCCCUCGCUGUCGAUCCGCUGUGCCAUCGCGAUCCAGCUGCAGAAGGCACGAGCGCCUACUGACUCCCUCUGCGCCCUCUCCCAGAUCGUCAUGGCCCCCAAGAAGGCCUAAGCGUCUGCCUUUUCCGGCAGUCGAGGCAUUCACACACACGCGAUGAGCUAGCGGCGGCACGGAGCGGCAUGCA